GGCUAUCACGGUACCAUGUGUGAAAUCGAAAAUGCGAAGAGUGCCUGCUACAGAAACCCUUGCCACAAUGCUGGAAGUUGCAGCCUUAAUGGAGCGCUGCAUAAGUUCAAGUGCAGUUGCUCGCCUGGCUACAUAGGCAAGCUCUGUCAGUACCGCAAUCAUUGUUCGUCUCAGCCGUGUCACAAUGGCGGGAAAUGUUACGCCACUGAGACGUCAUACACGUGCGAGUGUCCCAGAGGUUUCAUUGGUUUGCAGUGUGAUGAUGACGUAGAUGAGUGUCUGCAAAAAAGAGAGAUGUGCCGGAAUGGAGGGACCUGCUUGAAUCUUAUUGGCGGAUAUAAGUGUACAUGUCUGGCCUCGUACACUGGUCAGCACUGUGAAUCCCCCUACUAUCCCUGCUCUCCCUCUCCAUGUUUCAAUGGGGGCACAUGUUCGCCAACUUCUCUUACCACAUUCAUCUGCGCAUGUUUAGAAGGUUUUACGGGCCCGAACUGCAAAGAAAACAUAGAUGACUGUCAGGGAAACAAAUGCGGCCCCAAUUCGACCUGUCUCGAUGGGGUCCAUGGCUACACUUGCCUCUGCCCACCCCAGUAUAAAGGCCAAUUCUGUACAGAGGACGUUAAUGAAUGCCAGAAAAAUCCUUGCAAGAACCAAGGAACCUGCCAUAACAAAAGGGGAGGAUUCAUGUGUGCAUGCGUCAAUGGAUGGUCUGGUGACGAUUGUAGCGCCAACAUCGACGACUGCCAGGGUAAGGUCUGUUACAACGGAGGGACCUGCCACGAUAGGGUGGGGUCCUAUUACUGCGAGUGCCCGCCAGGGAAGACCGGAAUAAGAUGCCACUUGGACGAUCCGUGCUUAAGCAAUCCGUGCCAUCCCGAAUCCAGGUGCGAAACCUCCCCGGACAGCGGUCAUUACGUCUGCAUGUGCCCGCAUGGGUGGUCGGGAGAUGACUGCACCCAAGAUGCCAAUGAGUGCUUGCAAAGUGACCUCUCCCCGUGUGAGCACGACGGCGUCUGUAUAAAUACACCUGGAUCUUUCAGGUGCCAGUGCACUCCAGGUUUUGCUGGUGAGAGAUGUGAAGUGAAUGUGAACGAAUGCGAAUCAAACCCCUGCCAGAAUGGAGGCGUGUGUCUGGAUGGUGUAGGAAGAUUCAAAUGUGCUUGUCUAGAAGGUUGGUUGCUAGCGAUUUUGUGGCGAUUUUGUGGCGAUUUUGUGGCGUGGUGGUGGUUUUUUGGUGGUAGUGUGUGGUGUGGUGUGUGUCAUCUAUGUUGUUGUUGUUUGUUGUUGUUUGUUUUUGUUGCCGCGGUUUUCGUUUAA